CAGGCCGAAUGCAGCCACAGCCAUGUACGAUACCAGCAGCAUAUACUUUGGCUGGAAGGGAGCGUUUGAUGGACUGGUGAUACAAACACAGGGUACAUCUAAAUUUUGACAAGUUAAUCCGGAUUCUGUGGGGCGAAAGUCACGUAUCACACGUGCGCGGCACGAGCCCAUGAUCCCAUCGCUGCCAGUUGCUGUCCAGUGCAACGUGAUCAAGCUCUGCAUGUGUUGUGGAACGAAAACUCGCGGCGUCACCAACAUCAGCAGACGAUAGCCGCUCGUCUGCGCGGGGUAUGCUGCUUCUUUCAUUCAAUAUUCUGGCAAGUGGGGAAGAUACGCGAGACUUUGCAGCCAAGAGCUGAAUGAUUGUAUUGGAAGUACUGAAAUAUUCACCUUGUUACUGCCGGCUUUCAUCAGGAGACAGAUUUGUCAAUGCGGGCAGACGACAUUUUCAGUGCGGAUCUUGUGCAGUUUCACUGGGAAUAACCCGUGUUUUAUGUAUAGAAAAUAUCGCCCUAUUAGCCAAAUAAUCGUUAGAUUAUGUCUUGUGCAACUGGACAUCAAUAUUGGAUCCUGGUGGGAUUUCUGUUCUAGAAGCUCGAUGCACCGGAUGUGGAACUGAACUCGGCACAGUGCAAGAAGCCGGCGACUGAUACGGUUGUGUGUGUUCCUAACGGGAGACUGAGGGCCACUGGACGCAUCGUCUGGCAUCAGAAUUGGAGUUGACAUUGUCUCUUUACCAGCUCCAGGCAGAUCUCAUUUACAUAGGAUAACAGGACUUGAGCUAGCUCACAAGACACUGUCCAAAUCACAAAAUGUAACUCUCUAACAUCGACUGCUCCGUUGAGGCUCACGCACAACCGGCAAUUCAAGAUAUCGAUCCUAUGGGAGCAUCGUCUGUCUCGUUGGAUACCUAACAGACGAGAAGUUUACCCAUUGAUCGUCUGCUUCGAGUGUUGGCUGAUUCAACUAUCGUCUGCUACCCGUGAUAGAGGGCUCCAUCUUGUUGCCAAAGACCGAAGCAAAGAAGCCCCAGAUGCAUUAAAAACAAUGUGAGGCGCGAUCUUGCAGUGAUUCUACCAGACAUCAGAUAUUGAAAUCCAGCCCCCUCGAUACCCGGUGUUCCGGAGCCCAGAAUGCAAUGUCCUGCGUGAGCCUCAUCAUCGUCAGGGCCAUGUACGUACUCAAGCGUCUCUUCAGGACGGAGCAGGCGAGCACAAAAGCCGAACUGGACCAGAGUAAGCUGGUUCGGAAAGUCGGCAGGAAAGGGAAAGGAAAGGGGAAUUUCAACAUGCCGUGCGGAGUGGCGGUCACCAAGGCUGGCGACAUCGUGGUGGCCGACACAGAGAAUCACCGGAUACAGAUCUUCUCCCCGGAGGGCGUGUUCAAGUAUAAAUUCGGAGUUAAGGGAAGCAAACCAGAACAAAUGAGUUACCCAAUGUGCAUUGCCAUGACGACGGAUGAGUGCAUAGCAUUGACUGACAGUGUUAACGCGUGUGUCAAGGUUUUCUCGGUGACUGGGGUAUUCAAAGAAAAGUUCGGGGGGAACGAUGUGUUCGAGUUUCCCUACGGAAUAGCCAUCAGCCCCGACAACUACAUGAUAGUGACGGAUAUAUGUAAACACUGUGUCGUCGUCCUCUACCCAAGUGGGGGUGUUAGCCAUACGUUCGGUUGCUAUGGCGACCAUGUCAGAGAAUUCGACCAUCCUUAUUUCGUUGCUGUGAACAAAAACAAACAGAUAAUCGUCUCCGAUGCUGGUAACAGCGCAAUUAAAAUCUUCCAUUUCGAAGGGAAACUGCUGCGCACGUUUUCUCUGAACGAGUUCCGGUUACCGGCGGAAGAAACGUUUGUGUCACUUCAAGGCCUAUGCACAGACACCGAUGGAAAUACUAUUGUCAUAUGCAACAGUACAGUGUACAUCCUGACCAAGAAUGGACGGCUAUGGGAGAUAUUCACUCCAAAAGACGGACUUUCGUCACCAAAAUGUGUUACGUUCUCUCCCCUGGGCCGAGUCGUUGUGACCCAGUCAAACUUUGACGACCGGCAUGAAAUGUGCAUUUAUAGGUACAAUGUUGAGGAUUACAAACCUUUGAAUACAUUAGUAUACUAUGCUAUUUCUAUUUAAUGCUUGUUAAAGUAGAGUAGUGUUGCUUAGAGUAGUGGAAUACUAGCUGUGUAUAGACAUUAUACUGAAGAAUGUGCCAUACAAGUUUGUUCUGAUUAUUGUUGACGAUGACUGUGAGGUCAUUGGUUUGUUUCAAAUAGACACGUGGUCGAACCUCGUUGUCUCGGAUGUGUCGAAUCUCCGGCUGUCUUGAACUAAGAGCCUGGUCCCGACAAACUUACAAAUAUUGUUACUAUUUUAUCCCGGAUGUGUCGAAUAUACCGAUUGUCUCGAACUAAGAGCCUGGUCCCGACAAACUUACAAAAAUUGUUACUAAUUUAACCCGGAUGUGUCGAAUAUACCGGUUGUCUCGAACUCUAGAUGUUCGAGACAAGGGAGUUCGACUGUAUUGAAUAUACAUAUUUCUUUUUCAAAAGUAUGGAUGUGUGUUAUGUGAAUACUAUCAUGCCUUUCUAUCAAAGCAUAUACAUAUAUAUGUGUUUGUUAAAUAACUCUACAUGUAGAUACUAAAAUGUUCAACAUAGCAUAUACCAAAUCAUAGCAAAUAGUCGGUAUGGCUUGAAAGAACAUAUUGUCAAUAUCAUUACGUCAUUAUUUCAUUGUCAAACAUGUGUUUGAUUUACCUGCCUGUCAUUAAUCAGACAAGGCUCUCGGAGAGCCGAUGAUGGUGUUUGACCUUGCACAAGCAUUGAUAUGUAAAAGCUGUACAACGUCACAGCUAUCUCAGGCCUUCUUUUUCAUUCGUAGCUAGACAUGUGAUAUGUCUCCUGUCAAAUAUGUUUGAAAGGUGGAGUGGUGAUAUUGCUUAACUGUUUUCUCAACCAUUUUAAUCAUAUAUUCACAUUGACACCCCGUGUUCACUGGAGUGGCAUGUCGAUACGUAGCGGAUUUCACAGCUCGAAUGAUCAGUCUUGCAGACAUUAGGACUUAGAAAUACAACUUUAUCACCAACAAUGUCGAUCAAAGGACAGACGGUUUAUGGGUGAUGAAACUGAUUUUAUGAGAGCUUCACUGGCAUCGGUCUUGAGUAUAAAACGUCAAUGCAAAGGUAAUGCUUAGCCAUAACUUACAUUGACUUUACUGUAAAGGGCAAAAUAACUGUGAAAAUGGUAUGAAUGGACCACUGAAAAUGAAUAAUGACACCGGGUGUUCACGAAA